UUUUUUUUAUAUAUAUAUUUUAUUUUUAUUUUUUGUGUGUAUAGAUAAAAGAGAUGUCAGUGUUUACACCUGUGAUUAGGUUACCACCAAAGCGUAAACCUAGUCUGGCUCGUAGUCAUAGUAACAACAGUAGUAGCACGACUCAUUAUAGCAAUUAUGAUUCCCCUGAUCCAAAGGAAUUCCUUGUAUCAGACACAUUAUUUCUAAGCAAAUUGCCUGAUAAAGUAAGGGAAAGCGAUAUUCGUACUUUAUUGCAACAUUGCAUGCCUAUUGAGAUUGUACUUGACCGAGAGAAAGAUAUUGGACAGUUACGAUUCAGCCACCCAAAAUAUGCUGACAGGGCUUAUUCGCUUUAUAAUGGAUUUAAGUUUACCAACAGUGCUAUACUGGAACUGCAAAUGUAUCAAGAUAAGCGGUUGGAUCCCGAAGCAACUGCCGUUCUUUUGGAAAUUAAUGGCUUACCUGAUUAUUUUGAUGACAACAAACUGUACGACGUGUUUCGUCCUUUUGGCCCAUUGGAUUUAUGCAAGUGUGUUAUGAAAGACGGUGCCUUUAGAGGCACUGCUUUUAUACAAUUCUUUAACCAACACAACUCUGAUGAUGCUGAAACUCAUUUGCAUGGUCAUUUGUUGGACGGACAUAAAUUAUCUGUUGUUCCUUUUAUGCCCUCAAAACCGUAUGCACCAGCACCAGCACCAGCACCAGCACCACCACCACAAAAAAGAGAAGAGAUUUUAGAAGAAACACCACAAACUGUAGAUAUUAUGAAUCUCUAUAUCAAGAAUCUUGAACCUCAUAUUACGAAUCAAGACCUGAAUCAAGCAUUCCGAAAAUUUGGCCGAAUCAUCUCGGCUAGAGUGAUGACCAACCCAGCUACAGGUCAGUCUAAGGGCUAUGGUUUUGUUAGCUUUGGUAAAUCUGAAGAAGCAGCAGCAGCCCUACAAGAAAUGAACGGCGCCAUCUUGGGCAAUCGUCCUCUGACUGUUGCCUAUCAUGAACCUCGAAAAGGCAGAGGCAACACGAACAAUCAUAGCAAUAACAGCAGUAACAACAACACGCCUAUUCCCAACUAUCAACAUCCACCUCAUGUGAAUAAGCAAAUGAAUGAAAACAAUAACUAUUACAACUAUAAUUCAAUGGCUCCUCCUCAACAGCAACAGUCUUACUAUAUCCCUGAUCAACGACCAGUGAACUUAUCUUCUACAACACCUAUUAAUGGUCUUGGUAUUGAUAACGUGGAUGAAUUAGGCAUCAACAUGAAUCUCAGAGAUCUUUCCAUUGGUCAAAAACCUGUAGCUAUGCAUGCUGCUACAAUCAAUUUACCGGCAAGAAAGGUAUCCGAUGCACCACAUAUCAAUUCCUCGCCUAAUUCAGGUACAAGCACAGGCAAGUCACUCAUUUCUCUUGCUUCUGGCUUAAGUGUUCAACAACCACCACCUUCCAUGCCACAUCCUGUGAUUAACUAUGGUCAUAAUGGUCGUCCUACUUUGCGUAGAAGAGGUUCUUUGGAAUCCGUCAUGACAGAAUCAAGUGCCAAUAUACAACGUAUCAAGUUAGAAGAUGCUGUCAGACAUUGUGGUGAUUAUGGGAAAGCAACGGGAGAUAUUGUUGAUAUGCUCCUUACCUUGAAGCGCAAAGAACGAUCACUCUGUUUGUUCAAUCCUGACUUUUUGCGUGAUAAAGUACAGUUGGCUUUGGAAGCUUUGGCUACUUGUAACGAGACAGACAGUGAGGAAGAAGAAGAAGAAGAUGUGGACGUGGAAAUGGAAUUCACCAUGAGAAAAAUGCCAAGCAGCAAAAAAUCUUCUGUGAUGAUGCUUCCUUCUCCUACACAUCAACAGCCUUACUAUAAUCCUGCUACGAGUCCUCCUAUACAGCGUGAACAUAACUUAUCGCCACCUUUUAUUCAGCCUGUAAAAGAAUCAAAAGCAAUUCCUAUUAUAGCACCCCCUUCGACUAUUGUGAAAGCGCCUUCUACAAAAACGGCAAGCUUAACAAAAGAAAAUUUGAUGAACAACAAUGAGAAAACGCCUGAACCAUCUUCUGCAUCGCCUAUUAUUUCAUCAAGCGCCAAUAAGGAAAUUGAGGAGCUCUUGGUUUCUCUUGAAGGUAAACCCAUUCAUGAAAGAAAGCAGCUAUUGGGCGAUAAAUUAUUCCCACUUGUCAAGUCAACGGGUACAAAACAAGCACCCAAAGUUACCAUUUAUUUGUUAGAUACAGUGGAUUUACAUGAAUUAGCCAAUAUCAUGUAUGAUACCCCAUCAUUAAAAAUGUGUGUGGAAGAAGCAUUCGAAUCUUUACAACAACAACAACAGCAACAACAAUAAAUUAUUGUUUUUUUGAGAAAAAAUAAAUUAUGGCUUGUCAAGAGCAAGAGAUUCAGU